AUGUGCAAAAGAAACAGCUUCAGGGAACCGCUUAAACAACGUCGAAAACACCUAAAGGAGGAAUCGAAGGCUGCUCGUGGGCAUAAAGAAACUCCUCGUGAUGGCAGAGAUGCUGUCCAGGCAUUCGGACCUUCUGAUGACAAUCUCGAUCUUUAUGUAGCUAAUGGAAUUAUCCGCUGGGGCAACCAAGUGGAGCGUAUAUUGGAUGAUGGGAAAUUGUUGUUGCAGCAAACGAGAACCCAAGAUAUCACCUCGCCAAUUACUGUGUUAUUGGAAGGUCCUGUCGGGUGUGGCAAGACAGCACUCGCGGUGCAGAUGGCUCUCUUUUCAGACUUCCCCUUCAUCAAGAUGUGUUCACCAGAGCACAUGAUUGGUUUUGUCGAAAGUGCAAAAUGUCAAACUAUUAAAAAGAUUUUUGACGAUGCGGACAAGUCAGACCUCAGUUGUAUCAUUGUUGAUGAUAUAGAACGCCUGUUAGACUACGUUGCCAUUGGACCAAGGUUUUCUAACACGGUCCUUCAAGCCUUGCUUGUGUUACUUAAGAAGAAGCUAAGGAAGGGUCGCAAGCUAAUCGUCAUUGGGACAACCAGCAGCCGAGAGGUGUUGGAAACCAUGGGCAUUGUUGAGUCAUUUAACACUGUGAUCCAUGUUCCCUCUCUCUCGUCCACCGACCAACUCAGAGAAGUGCUGCAGCAUGUGAAGUUGUUUGAUGAAGAUGAAAUUAGGCAAAUUGAGAGAAACAUUGGCCAGAGAAGGUUGUUCGUGGGCAUAAAGAAACUCCUCAUGAUGGCAGAGAUGGCUGUCCAGACCAUAAAGCGUGAUCGAGUUGACAAGUUUGUUAGUUUACUGGAAGAUGAAAACUGUUUGAGAGGCCCACAAGCAUAGCCUUGUAUCAAGUGACUACAAGAGGAUCAGGACAGUGC